GAGUUCAAUAAUAAUAAUACCAUUCUUAUUAACAUUUAUAGGCUGACUAAGUGAUUUUGGUACAGGUACACCAACACAUAUAUCGAAAGAGAGAAAUACACAUCACUCUAAAAUGUCAGACGCAGACUGGAAGGCCAUCGCGGAACACGCAGACGCCGUGCUCGCUAGCCCUAGUAUCGGAGGCUGCCACGAGAUCUUGACAAACGCCUACGAAAAUGGAGUGCGACACCCAGAGAUUCUCUGGCGUCUGGGCCGCUCCUACUACGAAAUGGCUGAGGAGUCCUCUGAUAAAAAGUUAUCAGUGUCUUACAAGGAAAAAGGGUUAGCGUUAUGCCAGCAAUCUCUUCAGGAGAAUCCGAAUAACUUUGCAGCGCACAAGUGGCUCGGUAUCCUCCUCUCUGCACAGGAUGUUGGUAAUAAGAAAAGGAUUGAGAACGCGUAUAUUAUCCGGGACCACUUUCUAAAGGCUUUAGAACUGAACCCUAAGGAUGCAAACUCACUCCAUUGUAUGGGUAAAUGGUGUUGGUCAGUCCUGAAGAUAAGUUGGGUAGAGCAAAAGGCCGCAAAGUUGCUCUUCGGGGAGCCCCCGAAGUCGACUGUCGAGGACUGCUUGAAGUACCUAUUAGCUUCGGCUGAGGCUGGAAAUACAAUUCAUAACUCUGUGCUCAUCGGCGAUGUGUAUUACUAUGAUAAAAAAAAGGAAAAGGCUAAAUUAUGGUAUCAGAAAGCGAUCGAAAUGCCUGUAAACAACAUGUUGCAGAAAAAAUAUUACGAGGCAGCAGAGGCUAAGCUAACAAAAUGCUAGCCAAGUCUUUAAAAAUAAAAAUGUAAUGUAAAAGAGCUGAGUAUGGCGUGUUUAUUGGUGUUUCAUAUUUCCUGUCAUCAAGAUCUAGGAUCCAACAUGCAGGAACAAUACGGGUUAAAUCAAAGGCAAGACAGGAAAUGAAAUUUCCACCCCAUACCCCUUAAAAACUCUUAAUGAUAGAAUGUGGAAAGAUAUGUUAUUACUUGAAUCAAUAUUCAGUAUUCCUAAAUCUAUUGAUCGUUCCUUGAGUAUAUCCGAUGUCUUUUGACGGAUUCAAACUGCAAAUCAUAUACAAAUGUCAUUUUCAGUUAGAUUAUAUUCCUUUAUCAAAAGCCGUAUUUUUUGUGUGUGUGUUUAAUAAGAUAACUUGGUCAUCAGGAGGAAUGUGUAGAAGUAAAAUAAGGAUGGCUGAAGGGGAACUCUUUUGUAAUAUGAAACAAACAUCAGCAGUCUUUUUAUCUUCUUUUAAAUAGUCGAUUGUUCUUUUAUCUCUUUAACAAUUCCUGAAAAUACAAAUUUACCAAUAACGAAACGAAAGAAAAGGUAUUGGUGUUUAAAUUUGCCAUAUUUUUUGUGAAUCCAAGUCCCUUCAAAACACCCGAAUUUGCUUUGGAAAGGUCUUUGAAUAACUCUUCGUUAGAUCUCUUUUCUAGAUUGAUGUAUAGCUUGGCUAGCGAAGUUUUAUCUAAGCAGCUAAUUUAUUAAUAUAAGUAUUAUCUCAGAUUUGUGGAAAUCAACCAAACACCAUAUAUCAAUGUGCUUCUUAACACAAUGUUUGAAAGGGGUGAAAUUAUCCUUAUCACUUUCCAUGGAAUGAAAAAACAACCGGGAAGAAGACCUUAUGUGAAUCAUUUAGAAAUUCCUUCCUAGGUAAAAUAUUUCAAAACUGU